AUAAAAUUGUCCAGCUCGGACAUUUCAGCCAGGAGCUGCUUUUCUGUCUUUCUCUGUCAGGGUGAAGACACAACUGAAGAUGAAGCUUGCUGUGUUUGCUUGCCUGUUGCUGAUCGUGCCAUUCCAGGCCGAAGCUAGCUCAUGCUAUGGUAAAACCGUUCAAAUCUGGGUGUCAAAUGGCAGAAACCUACAUGAAGGACUUGGAAGACCAGAUCCCUAUGUUGUGGUGAAAAUCGGCAGUGACUCCAAAAAGACCAAAGUCAUUAAUUCAAGCACCAACCCAAGUUGGAUGGAGAAGAUGGAAUUUCCCGAGGCCACCAGCGACAUGCUUCAAAUGGAGGUCUGGGACAAAGACGAUUUCACUGCUGAUGACAAACUGGGAACCUGCAUGGUGCCAAUGUCCUCAAAUGGUCAUGAUUUCCGCACCAUUGAGUGCAAAAUGGACGACAAUACAGGUGUUGUCAACGCAUUCUACAGGUGUUUCUAAAUGUAACCUGCUCUUGAAAAUGUAAAAGACCGAUUUGAGGUGAAGCAAAGUAUUUGUGGUAGAAAACCAAAACUUCUUACUAAAUACUGAUGAUUCUUUUCCCACAAUAUUGUCCUUUUGUUUAUUUCAAAAUGGAUGUCUGCUGUAAAGAAACUUUAUUUUCAAAGGCCACAGUGUGCAAAAUAUCUUACAUUGUCUACCUGUGACUUUUUGGUCGCUCAGCAGUUGAAAAAUGAAGAAAAUUCAUCACCAUCAUUUGUGAAAUUGAAUCUUGUGUUAAAAAAAGCUGUAUUUUCUUUGUACAGUUGGCUUUUUAGACACUGCAGCAGAUCUUUAUCUUUUCUGAACAACUAUAAUUUCUCACUGAAAGAGGAUUCAGUUUGAAAUGAAAACGGCAAUGAAUAAAACCAAAAGAAGUAAACAA